AUGACCUCGGCCGACCCCGGAGACCAAGAACUGCACGCAGAGCACACAGAUACCGGCCCGAGAUCGCAAAGCGCCGCGGGCCAACUUGACAUCGUGACCGGGAACACUGACCAUGUGACCGCUGCCCCUGACCAUGUGACCGGGAACACUGACCACGUGACAGCAUCCCGUGACCAUGUGACAGUAGUCCGUGACCAUGUGACCGGGAACACUGACCACGUGACAGCAGCCCGUGACCAUGUGACCGGGAACACUGACCACGUGACAGCAGCCCCUGACCAUGUGACCGGGAACACUGACCACGUGACAGCAUCCCGUGACCAUGUGACAGUAGUCCGUGACCAUGUGACCGGGAACACUGACCACGUGACAGCAGCCCGUGACCAUGUGAAGGCAGCCCCUGACCAAGUGACAGUAGUCCGUGACCACGUGACGGCAGCCCCUGACCAUGUGACCGGGAACACUGACCACGUGACAGCAGCCCGUGACCAUGUGAAGGCAGCCCCUGACCAUGUGACCGCAACCCCUGACUACGUGACUUCAGCCCCUGACCAUGUGACCGGGAACACUGACCACGUGACCGCAGCCCCUGACCAAGUGACAGUAGUCCGUGACCACGUGACCGCAGCCCCUGACCAUGUGACCGGGAGCAGUGACCACGUGGCUGGAGACUCGCCAGUCACGCCUCAGACACACAAGAAGAGGCGGAGAAAGAAACAACGUAGAAAGAAAGGGCGGCCGGCGGCCAGGCUGAAGGGCAAGUCGUACAGCGGCGGCAACCUGGUGGGCAGCUACCCGGGCCAGCUGGACAGCGAGCUGGCCGCGGCGCUGGACCUCAGCUGCCUGUUCAGCCCGCAGAAGGGCCGGGGGUUCAUCAAGGCGCCGCAGAUCCCGCACUCGGCCGGCGCGCGCUACACCAGGCGGCGCAACACGCAGCGGCCGCACAACCGCUACCUGGUGGCCGUGUACGAGUGCUCCGAGGGCCACGCGCUGCUCGACCCGGAGGUGGACCGCCUCUACUGCAGCGCGGAGGAGUGGGUGGGCGAGCGGCCCGUCUGCCAGGCCACAGGGGACUCCGCGGGACCCGAGCCCGCCACGUCGGCGUGCGGGGCCGACCAGGGAGGCUGCGAGCACGUCUGCUCGGAGGAGGGCGGGCGGGCUGUGUGCUCGUGCUUCCCCGGUUACGAGCAGCUCGGCCAGGCCUGCCGAGACGUGGACGAGUGCCAGGACGACAAGGGCGGCUGCGAGGGGGUGUGCGUCAACAAGCCGGGCUCCUUCAGCUGCUCCUGUCACGAGGGCCUGCGGCUGGCCGAGGACCACCGGCACUGCCUCGACAUCAACGAGUGCCUGCUGAGGAACGGGCACGGGCCGUGCCAGGACACGUGCUCCAACCUGCACGGCGGCUACUCGUGCAGCUGCGACGGCAUCCCGGGCACGCGACUGUCGUCGGACAACCACACCUGCGAGGACGUGGACGAGUGCGCCGCCGGCACGGCGGGCUGCUCCCACACCUGCAUCAGCACCAUGGGGAGGACCUUCUGCCUGUGUCCUGCCGGCUACGAGCUGGGCUCCGACUGGAAGACCUGCCAAGGUACCGUAUGA